AUGUUCUUCUGCUGCGGCCAGGCCCCCGACGCCGAGGCCGAGCUGAAGAUCCCCGAGGCCGCGCCGGAGCGGGACCUCCUGGCGCUCCCGCAGGAGGACGGCGGGGCCGAGCCGGGCGCCCCGCCGGCCUGCGCCGCCGCGGCGGCGUGCCCGCUCUGCGGCAGGCAGUUCAGGCCUCGCGGGGGCAACGCCUUCGAGUCCAUCCUGAAGCACCUGCGCACCGUCGACGACGCGGCCCACAGGGGCCUGGCGGCCAGCCUGGCGGGCGGUGCGCCCGCGUGCCUCGUGUGCGGGGAGCAGUUCGGCAGCCCCGGCGCGGUCGUGGAGCACCUCGUGUGCGGCCAGUGCAGCAAAGGCUGCCUGGCCGCCGCCAUGAACGUCCCGUGUGACGGCCAAGCGAGCAAGGGCCGCAAGGGCGCGGAGGGCGCCGAGAAGAGGCGCGCGCGGCAGCAGCAGCUGCAGGAGUCGAGGCAGGCGCUCUACGCGGCCGCCAAGGGCGGCGACACGGAGGCCGUGCAGGGCGCGCUGCGCGCCGCCGCGGCGCGCAUCUCGGAGGACUCGAAGGCCCCGCCCGGGCCCCCGGCGGAGGAGGAGGCGACCAGGCGGUUGAAGGCCGAGGUCCUCAACGCCCGCUUCGACGACGGGUACACCGCCCUCAUGACCGCGGCGGAGGCUGGCCACGCGGCGGCGGUCCGCCUGCUGCUCUCCGAGGGCGCCGACGCGGCCGCCAAGAACGCCUACGGCCAGUCCGCCGUGCACCUGGCCGUGCUGCAGGGGCGGGGCGGCGCGGUGGCCGCGCUCCUGGAGCCGCCCGGGGCUCGGCAGGCCGCCGUGUCGUCGGAGCACCAGGGGGCCACCGCGCUCGAGUGGGCGGCAAAGCUGGGGCACGCCGGCCUCGUGGGGCCGCUCCUCGAGGCCGGGUCCGACGUCAACCACCUGGACGGGGACGGGCGGUCUGCCCUGUGCCUGGCGGUGAUGGCCGACGACCCGUCCGUGGCCAUCGUCCAGGAGCUGGCGCAGUGGCCCGGGUGCGACCUGCGGCGCGCCUUCCCCGUGCCCAGCGGCCUGCACCCGCUGGCCGUCUUCGCGCGCCACCGAGGCCACGAGCACCUGGUCUCCUUCCUGACGCCGCGCCCAGACGACGCCGCAGCGCCCGGGCAGGCGGAAGCGGCAGGCGCUUCCGCCGCGCCCGCGCCCGCAGAACCUCCCGCGUCCGCGGACGACGUGACGGGAAGCUGCUCCGCGUCCUCGCUGCAGGACGGAUACCUGGUCAUGUCCAGGUACCGGAUACAGGGGGAUCCUCUCGGCGAGGGCGGCUGGUGCGUCGUGUAUCCAAAGAGGUCGGGCGCGCGGGUGGCCGUGAAGACGUACAGGGGCCAGUCGCUGCGCGAGGCGGGGGAGGACGCGGUCCUUGGCCGCUUCGAGAGGGAGGUGAAGACCUUCGAGGACCUCGGCCUGGCAGCGGUCCCGCCGCGGCGCAAGGCCCCGGAGCAG